GUUUCCAACUAUAAAUCUGAACAUAAUUUUGAAGGUGUACUUCGAAGAAUACUUGAAUCAAAUGUGAUUUUGGCCAAUGAAAUUAAAGUUAUACAAGAAGACAAUAGUAUUGAUCUUGUUGCUACAUUUAAGAAAAAUACAAUUUUAAUUCAAAAUAAAAGUGUUGAAUCAGCUAUUACUAUUAAUAUUGUACAAGAUUUUGAAUCAGCAAUUUCUUGA